AUGCAUACCGCUGCAAAUGAAGAAACCAUUUCUUGGCAUUUCAAUCCUCCUUCCAGUCCUCACUUUGGAGGUUUGUUCGAAGCGGGAGUGAAGUCUGUCAAAACGCAUCUCAUGCGCGUAGUCGGCGACCAUUUGUUAACAUAUGAAGAAUUAAUGACGUUAUUGGUGCAGAUUGAAUCCAUGCUUAAUUCCCGUCCUCUAACUCCUGUCAGUCAUGACCCUAAUGAUCUGUCAGCUCUAUCACCUAGUCAUUUCUUAACCUUUGAGCCAUUGGUUGCUCUACCGGAACCAAAUUUAAGAGAUCUUCCUCUUAAUCGUCUUAAACGAUUUCAGCUUAUUCAAAGGAUGUUUCAAGACCUCUGGUCCCGAUGGUCUAAUGAAUAUCUUCAUACCUUGCAUCAGCGAUCCAAGUGGUUUAACCCUUCUGUACCGAUUAACAUAGGCACUUUAGUAGUUAUCAAAAAUGAAGUAAUGUCUCCCCUGCAUUGGCGACUUGAUCGUAUAACCGAAGUACAUCCUGGAAAUGAUGGAAUUAUUCGAGUCGUUACUAUUAAGACCAAAGCAGGAUUUGUCAGACGUCCCGUUGUGAAGAUUUGUCCUCUUCCAAUAGAAACUGUACAUCGCAUCCACAUUUUCCGCAUACGCAACCACUGCAAGUUCGUGCUACUGCAUCAAACUCUUCCAGACUGUGAUCAAAAGGAACCGGGAGCCGCAUUUUAUACAGAAUAUGUGUUUUUAUGUGAUAUUCGAAUUAAUGCAUAA